AUGCGAAUUCCGCCUUCGCGACUUGGCAACAUUGGUGGUCUCGCAUGCCACAAAAAGUUCAAACAUCCAUCUGGAACCCCAAUUUUGCCAGCAACAAUACAAGUAACGUUUCCGCAAAAUAAGAAACGCCAGCGAGAUACGUCGUCACCGGAGCGUGAGGACAGAGAGAAAGUCCAAUGCGGAGUAUGCCAGAAGUUCUACGCCCACCUAGCCUCCCUCGUAAUACAAUGCAGAAAAUUCCAUGAAGGAGAGGGCAUGCCACAAAAAUCGAAUUCCACCAAUGGGCAAUACAAAACAACGAAAACGAGAGACCUUCCGGCAUUAGUCUGCCCCUCAUGCGGUCGUCAAUGUGUAUGA